UUGCCAUUGGUUUACUGACGUUCGCUUGCCUAAGUAUCCAAGAAACCAUUGUUUCCAUGUCAAACUCAGCGUGUUUGCGACGCGAACAAAACUGCUAAGGAAUAUGAACUUAUCACACGAACGAUAUGUGGCGCUGGUAAGCUGUUAAUAUAAGGGCUGCCGUGUGAAAACUGUUCCCGACGCCAUCAGUGGAAACGAAGUGAAGAUGAACACAGCAUCCCACAGUCCCAAAGUGUUCUUCGCUAUUGUUACUUGCGUUCUCAUAAUGAUUGUGGUAUACAUGAGUCAAGGAAACGAGAUGAUGAGAUUAAGAGCGCCACAGAGAGAAGCAAGAAACGAGUCUGUGAUACCGACAUCUGUAGUGAAAACUAACCGCGCCAAAACCAGAUUAAAUGUGAUUCUGUUGACGCAUAUGAGCUCCGGAUCGACACUUGUGGGAAAUAUCUUUAAUCUUCACCCCGAUGUGUUUUAUAUUUAUGAACCUCUGAACACUCUUAGAAGAGACAUUGAUACGAAUGAGUGGCGUGCCCUACAAAAGCCGAGCAACGAUACCUACAGAAAAGACUUUUCGACUCUGCUUCGUGACUUGUUCACUUGUGGCUUUAACGAAGAAAGAACGAUAGAGUUAGCUUUCCCUGACUGGGCAAGACCGUUCAACGCAUGGGAUAAUCGAUCAAUACCGCUGACCAAAGAGUCGUUGAGAACAGCUUGUAACGCGCGAAAAAUCACAGUCACUAAGAUCAUGCAAACAAGACUUCCCUUUGAAGGUGGAAUUCGUGAACUCGAGCAGGUGUGUCGCUCAGAUCCUGACAAGUUUGACUGUUUUAUUGUUCACCAGGUCAGAGAUCCACGCGCUGUCCUCUCUUCUUUAAUUUCGAAACAUUUCUACUCGCUGGAGCCAGCUGCAAAUCUGUUUACACAGACGCCAAUGCCUCCCGAAGGAAUAAACCUCCUGAAGGAAAAUGCGCAAAUGCUAUGCACGCUCGUGUUAGAAAACUUAGAUCACGUUCAUGCAGAAUGGUCAAACUGGUUCAAAAGGCGCUACAUUCUGGUCCGUUACGAAGACAUUAUCAGCAACAUUUCAAAAGAAGUGCUCGAUAUAUACAAAUACUUUAGUCUUCCUAUGGUGGAUAUCAUUACCAACUGGAUUAAAGGCAUUCCACCUCCAGGCAUGGAAGAAGCGCGACACUACGCGAUGGUUAUAUCGAGCGAUGAUACCGCUACAGCCGAGAAAUGGCGAUUUCACGAAAAACCCUCGCUGGUUUCUUUGUUUGAAGAGGCUUGCAGCCCACUGAUGAAAAAUAUAGGUUACACUUUAGUAAAUGGCUCUGAAUAUCUGCAACACAAUGAAAACAUUCCGCUACAAACUGCAGAUAUACCAUUCCUUAGAGGCCUUAGCGUCUAAGAGCUGGUUUGAACUGAACUGAAUUAAAGUCUCUACGGAAAACUAUUAUUGAUAUGGGUUAAGCUUAAAAAUAAAAAAAUAUUAAAAAACCUGCAAACAAAGUGUAUCGUGUCUUGCUGAAUCAAGAAUUGCGUCAGCAGUUCCACAAAAUGUCGGUUGUAAUUUUUGUUUUUCUAAUAGUUCGAGCAUAAUCAAAUAAAGUUCAUGGAUGUAUGUAGAAAUUUUCAUGUCGCCCUCCAUUGUCUCACGAAACUGAAAAACAGGUGAAAAUAUAGCGCUUAUUGUUUCCUACUGCGAUAAUCGGGAAACACUUGAAUACAGUUCAAUAUUGUCAUACACUAUUUCCUUUCAUUUUUUAAAAAAAAAGCCUGCUAUGUUACCAUUCUAAUUUAUAUUGCUGGCAGUCUGUUUUUCUCUCUCAAGCGGGCUCGUCUCGCCCCAACUCGUUUCCGCCAUAUUUAGGCGUUCGAUGUUCACAUGCAUGCAUGGUUCACUCAUCUGCCCCUAACAGAAAAGACUGGCUGCUAGCAGUCUGUGCUAAGUUUUUGAAGUUUAACUGUCAAUCACAACUGUUGAAGUGUAUUUUCAUACAUUUGAACAGGAAAUUAAUUAGAGUGUCUUCACAUGACGUCACGGCAGCCACAGUCCCCUAACUGCCCCAAAACGAUGAAACAGCGGCCAUACUGGUGUCUAAUCUCUUACCCAGAUCUCACUCUGUUUGACGCUGGCAGUGUGAGAUCUGGGUUCGAGAUUAACUGGUGUCCCAAAACUGGGUCUGUUGGUCUCAAACCAAUCCAGUGCGUUCCUGUGCUGGAGCGGAUCUCAGUAUGCCGGAAAUACUAUGUCCUAGAUCCUCAAUUUUAAAAAAAUUCGGGGGACUGAUGCCCUCGUCCCCCUAAACGGGACCUCCUUUACCAUUCCGUAUCCCGAACCCACUUCUGUAAAAUUCUGCAUCCACCCCAGCAGUGGGAGUUGAACUUUUUUCUUGUUAUGUAAAUACUUCCAGGUUUCUCAAGGUUUC